AUGCUAGGCCAGUACAGAAGAGGACCAGGCGGGAGGAACUGGCGUACAUCGGCGCCGAAAAAGGUGGAAACUCCAUCUCCGCCUUAUGGGACGCUGUUGAAGUCCAUAGAAGUGAAAGAUCUGGAUGGGGAGUCGACAUCUUUCAGUCAAACGGCUACCAUCACAGAUAGCCGUCUCGUUGCCUCUUACAACUGGGUCGACGGGAAUACAGUAGAACCAACCAUUCUCGUGCCAGGGAAGCCACCGCGGUGGACACCACUCACGGAGGCCAUGAAUCUCGCUCAGGACUCCGGGGAGUAUUUUCGAGACAAGAACGCUGCUCGGUACCCCAAGCACCCGAUGGAGCCGGCAGUUCUGGCCCUCCUCGCGACCGACCCGGCAGUUCGAACUAAGCUCGACGUUAUCGGGUGCGGAAGCACGAUCGGGAACCUGCUGCGAUUCGUUCGUGGGAAAGACAAGCCGUUUCGUAUGCUCGUCGAGUUGGUUCAGGACACCGUCUUCUUCAUCCGGAGGGAAAACUCCCCAACCGAGCUCCUUCAUGACGUCUACGGAUACGGUCACACGUUUCCGGAAGUGUAUACGAGCUGGGAGCCCGACGUCAAGGGAUCUGCAUCGCACCAGAGGCUGGUUCGGUACUCGUUCGGAGGGCUUCAGCUUAUCGUGAGGUUUGAGGGAGAUGGAUACCUUGCAAAGUCCCCAUCGUCGUCCGAGGCAUCCCAAGACGCCAGCGUGGACGACCUCAUCUCGGGUCUUCCGGUGGCCGCAAACAUCUCAGAGAAGGUAUCAUCGGGAACCAAGUUGAAGGUCCAGCGCGCGGGCGAAGUGGUAGACCAGGACUUCAUCUUCGACCUCAAGACUCGAAGUGUUAAUAAAAAGAACGACCAAGACACAUUGGGAGAAGAGCUUCCUCGGAUGUGGGUUUCGCAGAUUCCCAACUUCAUCCUCGCCUAUCACACUCGUGGAGUCUUUCAUGACAUCGAAGUCAGCGAUGUGCAUCAGGACGUCGAGGAAUGGGAGAAGACUCAUAACCAGCAACUGUCCAAGCUGGCGGCUUUGAUCCACCGAAUCAUCGUCGAAGUUCGCGGACGACCAGACGGAAAACUGGAGCUAUGCAAUGACGGCUCCGGCGAGUUGGAAUUUCGAGAACAGCGAUCAGAAGCCGGCGACGCGUUGUCGGUCGAAACCAAAGCUCUGUGGGUGAAGGACGUUGAUUCUGACGAACCUGAUAUCGUUUGGGCGGCAGAUGAUGACUACACUGCGUGUACAGAGUCCUGCGGGUACUGCGGCCAAUGCACCUAUUGAACGGCUAUAAGUAAUAAUAUUUUUCGCCUUGUACGCCGAUUACCGUAGCUUCCAAUAAGAACACGAAGUAGAAUCAUGGACAAUGGCAUCUCGGUAUUAUCUCGUGCUUACUCUUUACUCCUUGAGGGGAGUUGCAACUCCGGCCCAGAGAUCGUAUAUAACCUGGCUAGGAGAGGAAGCAUGCCGCAAACACCGGCCACAGCUCUUAGAUGCCAGGACCUAGGAAGAUAUCAUGAUAGUAUAGUAUAGUCAGCGCGGCAGCGUAUCUCAUAAUAGAGGUAUUUGAAUGAACGUGUUCGUUCUGGGGGUUCCCAAACAGCAACAUAAGAUGGAGACAUUCCUGUGGAUCAGCUUCAACUUUUG